AUUUGUGUUCAGGCUUCAGUGGGGCAGCUAAACAGGACCUUGGUGUUCUGUGUGAAUAUAAUUCACUUCAUUUGCUUCUUUCUGUGGGCGCUGGUCUGCCUUGGCACGUCUCAUCUCCAUCUCCACUGUGCGUAAAACCACUACAAAUAUGUCGAAGAUUCAGACUCUGAGUGAGGAGGAGAGAGCGCACCUCCUGCCUCUGCUCCGGAGCGCACAGUGGGUGGAGACGGUGGGCCGUGACGCCAUCUACAAAGAGUUCAUUUUUAAAGACUUCAACCAGGCAUUUGGAUUCAUGUCGAGAGUGGCUCUACAGGCGGAAAAGAUUGACCAUCAUCCAGAGUGGUUCAACGUUUAUAACAAGGUCCAGAUCACCCUGAGCACUCAUGACUGUGGAGGCCUGUCCCAGCGAGAUAUAACUUUAGCAACAUUCAUCGACCAAGCUUCAUUGAUGUGAGCCUUUAAACUAUCGGUAAAUUGUAAUGAACUACAAAAACCCCAAAGAAGAGCGAUCCUUCCUUCGCUCCUUGAGUAUAGUUGCUGUUUGACUGGUGGACAUUGUGUGAAAUUGUUACAGAAAUCAUUCCAUGUUUUGUAUUUUUACAGUGUUGUCUUAAAUGUGCCAAAUGUGCCUAUGAAGUCCCAAAUAUUGUAUUGUUACGAUUUUACUUACUGUAACUAAACCUUACCACAGUGUUUUAAGUAAGUAAAAUUAAAUUGUGAAACGUU